AUGCUCCGUUACCUACGGCAGCACGUAUCCGGUUCCCCUACACCCGUCAACCUUUCACGUCCAUCUUCUCUUCGUUUGCAUUCAGGACUUUUCGGCUUUUUCUUUUGA